GGAAUGGAACCAGUAACAUUUCAGUGCACAGAUGACGCUCAACCAACUGAGCUGCACUGGCCAGGGCUACAGUUAUAACUUUUAAUGUCCUUGUGUAUAUUCUCAUUUGUACAAUUUCUCAGUCAGUUUUGAUCGACUGAAUUUUUUCUCAUUUUGGUUGUAAUUCCCUGGUUCUUUGCAUGGCUGGUAAUUUUUUAUUGAAUGCCACACUUUGUGAAUUUUGCCUUUUUGGCUGCUGCAUAUUUUUGCAUUCCUAUAAAUAUUCUUGAGCUUUGUUCUAAGAUGUGACUCCGAAACAAUUUGAUUUUGUUAGCUCUUGCUUUUAAUCUUUGUUAGGCAGGACUGAGCAGCAUUUAGUCUGGAGUUCAUUUUCCCCCAUUAAUGAGGCAAGACUCUUCUGAGUACUUGAUUCAGUGCCCCCAGGAAUGAGGCAAGACUCUUCUGAGUACUUACUUGAUUCGGUGCCCCCAGGAAUUAGGAGUUUUUCCAGUCUGGCUCCAGAACGGGGACUGUGUGUAGCCCUGCUGAAUUUUGGUUACUCUUCCUUCUUACCCUUUAGGGUGGUUCUUUCCCCAGGGGUCCCUCUGUGCAUCUCCAGAGUCUUGUUUGUGCAGCUCUUUCUCCUCUGGUGAUCUCCAGGGCACUGCCCUGUGAGCUCUUCAUGCCUUGGUUUCCCUCAGUUUUUAGCUGCAUCUGUUCAUCUCCAAGUCUUCUGGGCUGUCCUAGAGUCCCUCCCCCUGCUUUAUAGCCUGGAAAUGUUCUUCAGGCAGCAAGGCUCGCUUGUGUGUUUUCUGACUCUUGGGGAUCUCUGUUCUUCGUUGCCUAAUAUCCAGUGUCUGGAGAACUGGUGUUUUGUUAUAUUUUGUCCUUAGUUGUAGGUAGACCGUUCACUCAUUCCUGUAACUCCAUCCAUUCUUCCUGUGUCAUCACAUUACAGUGUAGGACUUCAUCCCUCAUGCCUCAGUGUUUUCCCUUGGUUCCAAGGUUUGCCCAUUUAUCAGCUGCCACCUCAGUUCUGGAGUCUGCCAGAGAUCCCUGAGGUCCUUUUUCUUCAAGGACCAGAGAGUAAGUUUUUUGGCUUUGCAGGUCAUACAGUCUCUCAUGCAACUACUCAGCUCUGCUGUUGUAGCUCAAAAGCAGCCAUAGGCAGUAUAUAUUUGUGGCUGUUUUCCAAGAAAAGUUUAUUUUUAAAAAUGGUGGGAAGGGUGGGAGUUAGCCCAUGGGCUGUAAUUUGCCAACCCCUAUCUCAGUUCAAGACCUUACUUAGCUAAGUUAUUUAAUGUUUUUGUCUGGUCUCCUAUUUUAAUUGCUUCCAGAAACCAUUGCCAGUGAUAUCUGCUUAAAACACGAAUCUUAUCACAUUACUUAUUGGCUCCCCACAGCAUACCAGAUAAAGGUCAGAAUUAUCUUACCCUCAAAGCCUCCACAGUCUGAUCCUUCUUACAUUUCCAAUCUUAUCUCCAGUGAUUCCACAUCUGUCAACUCACACAGCCUAAUUGGCAUGUUCCCCUGCCUUUUGAUAUUUUCUUAAGCCCUGCUUUUUCUGGAUUGCUCUUCCCUUCCUAUUAUGUUAUAUGUACUUCUGAAACCAUCAACCUGCCUUGGGAACCCUGUUCACACCCCACCUUCUUUAAGAAGCAUCCAGAGCAGUUCUCUCAUGUUGUUUUAGCAUACAUUUGUGCUUCGUCAGAAACCUGAGUGUGUAUGUGUGUCCGUAUAUGUCUAUCGAGCGUAUGUGUGUUUUCUCUAUUGACCCAGAAUCCCUCAGGAGGUUAGAGGUGUGCCCUCUUGUUUCUGUCUCCUCUGCAGUGCACAGCAGAGCCUGACGUGGAGCAGAAAUGCCGCAGUAUAUGUUUGAGUGGGUGGCGCAUAAAGGUCAAUGUUUUGGGGGGUUGCGAUGCUCUGGGUACUUGUGGCAGUUUGGGUACAGCUCUUGGCUCUUCCUUGGGGCAUGCGUGCAGGCCCCCAAGGAAGCAGGCUGUAGGCAGGCUGCCUGGUGUCUGGCCCACGCUCAUGGGGACCAGGUCGUGGCAGGACCAGGCGGUGACAGGCCUGGCCGCUCCAGGUCUCCGCUGCUACUGCCACUUCCUCAACGGCCUCUUGCCCUUUGGUUUCACAGAGCUGCGGUGCAACCCUGGGCAGUUUGCCUGUCGCAGCGGCACCAUCCAGUGCAUCCCCCUCCCCUGGCAGUGUGACGGCUGGGUGACUUGUGAGGAUGAGAGCGACGAAGCCAACUGUCCAGAAGUGACUGGGGAUUCGCGUCCUUACCAUGAGAAGGAGGCUGUGGAUCCGAGGCAGGGGCGGGCCCGAGGUGGCGACCCCACGCAUUUCCAUGCAGUGAAUGUGGCACAGCCCGUUCGCUUCAGCAGUUUCCUAGGGAAGUGCCCGACAGGGUGGCACCACUAUGAAGGAACGGCCAGCUGCUACAGGGUCUACCUGAGCGGGGAGAACUACUGGGACGCUGCACAGACCUGCCAGCGUGUCAAUGGUUCCCUCGCCACCUUCUCCACUGACCAGGAGCUGCGCUUUGUCCUGGCCCAGGAAUGGGACCAGCCAGAGCGGAGUUUUGCUUGGCAGGACCAGCACAAGUUGUGGGUUGGCUACCAGUACGUUGUCACUGGCCGGAACCGCUCCUUAGAAGGCCACUGGGAGGUAGCAUUCAAAGGAUCCUCAGAGGUGUUCCUGCCCCCAGACCCUAUCUUCGCCUCAGCCAUGUCUGAAAGUGACAAUGUGUUCUGCGCCCAGCUCCAGUGCUUCCACUUCCCCACCCUCCGCAACCACGACCUGCACAGCUGGCAUGCUGAGAACUGCUACGAGAAGUCUUCAUUUCUUUGUAAAAGAAGUCAAACAUGUGUUGACAUCAAGGACAACGUGGUGGAUGAAGGGUUCUACUUCACCCCCAAAGGAGAUGACCCAUGCCUGAGCUGCACCUGCCAUGGCGGAGAGCCGGAGAUGUGCGUGGCUGCCCUCUGCGAACGGCCCCAGGGCUGCCAGCAGUACCGAAAGGACCCCAAAGAGUGCUGCAAGUUCAUGUGUCUGGACCCAGACGGGAAUAGCCUGUUCGACUCCAUGGCCAGUGGGAUGCGUCUCAUUGUUAGCUGCAUCUCCUCCUUUCUCAUCCUGUCCCUGCUGCUUUUCAUGGUCCACCGGCUACGCCAGAGGCGCCGGGAGCGCAUUGAGUCCCUGAUUGGAGCAAACCUGCAUCACUUCAACCUUGGCCGGAGGAUCCCCGGCUUUGAUUAUGGUCCAGAUGGGUUCGGCACAGGCCUCACGCCACUACACCUUUCUGAUGAUGGAGAAGGCGGGACUUUCCACUUCCAUGACCCUCCGCCCCCCUACACUGCAUACAAGUACCCAGACAUUGACCAGCCUGAUGACCCACCACCACCCUAUGAGGCCUCCAUCAACCCCGACAGUGUGUUCUACGACCCUGCAGACGACGAUGCUUUUGAGCCAGCAGAGGCCAGCCCGCCGACCCCAGGGGAUGGUGACAGUGAAGGUGCAUUGCCCCGGUGCCUGGAGCAGCCUCUGCCUGCCGCAGGAGUCUCCCUGGCAGACCUGGAAGACUCAGCGAACAGCAGCAGCACCCUUCUUGUGCCCCCCGACCCUGCCCGCAGCGGAACCCCCUCAGCCACAGAGGCACUCCCAGGGGGCGGUUGCCACAGCCGCAGUUCCCUCAAUACCGUGGUGUAGAGGAUGCCCAGCCCAGGGCCCCAAGGGGCAUGGAGCACCUGUUUGCUGUCAAGGAAACUCUGAUUCCCGUGGAGACUUGAAGGGCCGGCCCCUAUGUGAGCCUGGACUCAGCUGCACUGCUGCACAAUUCUGAAGGUGUGCAUGUGCGUUUAGACUGCACGAGCCUCCCAAGGGAGCGAGCACCUGGACCGAGUCUCCUUGAGGGCUUCAAAAACAUGUAUAGCUUUGGGUCACUGUCUUUUUGUUUUUAAAUGACAGAAGAAUGACAAAGUUUGUUUAUACCACACGUUUCAGAAAUAGGGAACAAAGAAGCCACUGUGGGCCUGGGUGAAGGCCAAACCACACCAGGCUUUGGUGGCUUGCUCAUGGCAACAUAUCCAGAGGAGCCUGCCACCCCACCCCCAAGCCCCAGAGCUGCCAGGUGCACCUCACUGGCAACUGCUCAGGAAGGCACUUCUGGGCACCAGUGUUUGUGGACUGUCAGGAUUCUCUGGGCAAUGGGUCUGCUUCAGGGCAGAUGGCCUAGAAGGUUGCUACAAUGGCUACUCUGGGGAUGGCCCCCCCACAGGUCCAGCUUGAACAUUGAGGGUGAUCCUGUCCAGGCUGGAGGCUGAUCUGGAGCUCUGGUACCCAAGGCCCUGAGAAGGGGACCUUGAAGGUUGAACUCUCCACACUUUCCAGCUGGGCUUUGCGAAGUCCAGUUCUUUGCCAGAAAGCCCUAUCCCUAGUCCGUUGGAUUUCUUCCUAACAUUGCUGUGCAUGGCCCCCCCAGGAGGCAGCUCUGGAGCUGGGUUGAGGCCCUUAGCCAUGCAUGAGUGUCCCGGCCCUGGGUCAUCCUCUGGGGCUUGGGGGCUAAGCCGGCUCCUCUCUAUUACCCUCUGGAGUCCCCCCUCCUGUUGAAUUUGCACCUGGGCCUGGCCUGCCCUCACCCCCUUUUAUUGUGCCAUAAAGGGUUGUUUCUUUGGGGUGGGGGGGCUGAAAUUAACAUCCUGGGCUUUGUCCACCUCCUGAAAGUCCACUUCUUGCACAUCACCACCACUAGAGCCGAGUGCCUGGUGGCUGCAUGCCACCUUCCUGUCCUCCUUAGCAGCACAGGGUGCUGGGUACCCUGCCCAGGGGCCUUUUGACUGAGGGACCCUGUUGCCUACUCCUGGGCAGUGGUCUUGUCUCCUGACACCAGGCUUUUAGCAUUUCUGAGGUUUGGAGAUUAAGCGGGUUCUGUGCGAUUUUUUAGCACAUCCAUAUCUUUUCUACGUUCAAUGUCUAGAUCUUUUUUGUGUGCCUGUGUCUGUGUGUGUGUGUGUGUGUGUGUGUACGUAUGUACGUACGUACGUAUGUACGUAUAUGGCCAUGUGUUUGCAGGUGGUGGUGUUGGUACAUGGGAACUCAGUCUUCAAUUUCCUGGGCCAAUAUGGCCUUUUGGGUGGCACUGAAGCAUGGCUGGGUCUGUGCCUCUUCUGAGAAUGCAGAGCCUGGCUCCUGGUCCCCCUUUCAAUGUUUCUAUACCAGCAUGCAGCAGGGGGAGAGCUGACUUGAAGUGGGUGCUUCCAUGGUGUUCUGGUGACAGACUUCGGAGGCACAGUCCAAUUCUAGGCAUAUUUUCACACUGCAGUUGGAAACUGAAGUUGUUGAGUUGCCCCACAAGACUGCCAGAGGUGUGUGUUUUGUCACUGCACAGCCUGUCCUUGGGUUUGGCCUGCAGAGGCAGAGUGUGUGCUCCCCUUGCCAAAAGAUUGCUACUUUGAGAAUGGCAUCCUGGGCACAUGUGCCCCGUGCUGGCUGCUAAAAACAAAGCAGGAAGCGUGUGGUGCCUCCAGUGCAUGCUGAGCACAGGGCAGCCAAGUUCCACAGCAACAGUCACAGGCCUUGUUGGUGUUGGGGUAGGGUCCUGAGCAGGCCUGCUUUGAAAUGACCACCCCCGUGGAGCCCUGUAGGUUCUGGCCCCGACAACACAGGGUCUCCCUAUCCCAGUGUUUCUGGCUCAGGCCUCAAAUUGUGUGUACAGGGCAGUGGCUGGCAUUAGAUGUGUGGGGCUGGGGGACUUCUUUUGCCAACCAAAAGACUGCUGGGAACAGGCACGCAGGAGGUACUAAGGAGAGGGUGGCCUGAAUCAGAGCAUGGGGCCUGCAGAGGAUGGGCCUGCUUCUGGCUGUCCGGGGGUCUGUCCAAGUGUGUUCAUCCCACUGGCAUCCUUGGGCUGGGCAGUAGGCUGGCUGCUGCGCAGUGUCUCCAGGAGCUAAGCUCUGCUUGAAGGCUGUUUUGAGGGCAUUGAGGAGAAAGUUACGGUCGGCCCCCUGACCUUGGUCUCCUGACUAGUCACCACCCUUUGUAAGAUCUGAGUGUGCUCCAUGGUCCAACCCUGGCUGAGACACUUGUGUUCCUGUGAGAGGAGGGCUCCCCAUCCCAUACACAUGGGGCCUUCAGAGGGACAGGCCAAGGUCUUGGGAGGCCUCCUCCCCCGGGACCUGACCUGCCUGGAGGAGGUGGGAGUCAAAUCUGUACAUUGUCUCAACGCCUGUUUUUUGUGUUUUCCUUUUACUAAGGGUUUUUAGUUUGGGUUUAUUUUUGAUUGGGUUGACACUAAUCCUUAAGAUGCUGUGAGAACCAUUUCAUCCAAAUGCCAAAUAAAUUUGUGUUCUGGAA